UCACACCAUGCUUCCCUCCUUUUCGUGAUGUGGUGGUUUUUAGCCAGUCUUGGGUUGGGCGGGUGGUGGGUGUUCGCCGCGCCUAACGACUCGACCACCGUCUUCCAGAUCCAGACUCGCACCUUCACCACUUCAGCACAUCCAUCCCCACCACCCUCUCUCACCUCUCACCUCUCACCUCUCACCAUCCACUCCACAGCCCCUCCUCCCCCAUUCCUCGAUACUGCCCCCCUCACAACCCACCCCGCCUCAGGCCCUCGCGCUGAAACAGUACCUGUCUCCGGCCCUCCCCACCACUCCACUCCACCACCCCUUCUCGCCAGACCCUUCGCCACGGUAUACCCAGCACUCCCCUGCACGCCGCACGGCACGCGGCCGAUCACACACCCGUCGGCCCAGGGUAUUAGUGUACAAUAGGUAUUGCACAGCCUUUCCGCGUGGGUCUAAAGGUCUAAAGAUAGGCCAUGCAUGCAACGCAACAGCUCAACAGCUCAAUAGCGUAAUCGCGCAAUGGCGAAGAUGAGGACGGGAAAGGGACGGCGUGGAUGCGUGUUUAUGCGUUAUCCCAUCGCGUUUUUGGGUUUUCGGUUUCUUGGUGCGGCUUGAGAUAGGAGAGGGCUAUAGAAGCGCAUCUAAGACGCGUGGUAGGAGGGAUACUUACUGUCGCUGGUGGCGAGGUGGAGU